UAUUCAUCAUUUGUUUAUCUUUAUGAUGUUUCAGGGAAUGGCUUCUGCUGGGGACUCGUGGAUCCGGGAAUACAAUGAAGCAGGAAAACUCGCGGAUGACAUCAGUAUCAUGAUAUCUGAAAGAAGUUCAUUGCCCGCAACAGGCCCAGAAGCUCAGCGUCAUUCAUCUUCAAUAAGGAGGAAGAUCACAAUACUAGGAACUAGACUUGAUAGCUUACAAUCUAUUGACUCUAAGCUUCCUGGAAAGCAACAUUUGACAGAGAAAGAGAUGAAUCGUCGCAAGGAUAUGCUUGCAAAUUUAAAAUCAAAAGCUUCCCAAAUGUCCUCCACAUUGAAUACGUCGAACUUUGCCAAUAGGGACAGCUUGCUUGGACCAGAAACAAAGGCAGUGGAUGCUAUGAACAGAACUACAGGACUUGACAAUUAUGGUGUUGUUGGUCUUCAAAGGCAAAUUAUGAAAGAACAAGACGAGGGGCUUGAGUAUUUAGAGGAGACUGUGAUGAGCACCAAACAUAUAGCAUUGACAGUUAAUGAGGAGCUCGACUUGCAAACAAGACUCAUUGAUACCCUGGAUGAACAUGUUGAUGUUACUGGCUCCAGACUUCAGCGGGUUGGGAGGAAGCUUGGAAUUUUGAACAAACGCACAAAGGGUGGUUGCUCUUGCAUGUGCAUGCUUUUAGCGGUGAUUGGGAUUGUACUACUUGUUGCAGUUAUAUAUAUGUUGAUCAAGUAUCUGUAAAUGGGCGUGAAAAAAGGUGAACUGUAAAUGCAAAAGAACUAGUAUAUUGAGUGUGUCGUCUGGAGAAUUUGAAGCCGAAUCUUCUCUCUGCUUCUCUUUUCAUGCAUUGCUUGGUGUGAUUUGAUAUGUUCCAUGUUCUUGAUCCACUGCGUGUACUUUGAAGACAGAUUUUAAGCUCA